AAACUGGUUGCCCCAAAGCGCUAUUUUCAUUUCCUCAUGGGAGAUAGAAGCAUAGCAGAGAAGAAAGGCAGACACGAAGCACUGAGCCUCUGCCACCAUGGGGAACUGGGCUGUGAAUGAGGGUCUCUCCAUCUUUGUCAUUCUGGUGUGGCUGGGGCUGAACGUCUUCCUCUUUGUCUGGUACUACCAGGUUUAUGAUGUUCCACCUAAGUUCUUUUACACUAGAAAACUUCUUGGGUCAGCACUGGCCUUGGCCAGGGCCCCUGCAGCCUGCCUCAAUUUCAACUGCAUGCUGAUCCUGUUGCCCGUCUGUCGAAAUCUGCUCUCCUUCCUCAGGGGUUCCAAUGUGUUCUGUUCAACAAGAAUUCGAAGACAACUGGACAGGAACCUCACCUUUCAUAAAAUGGUGGCAUGGAUGAUUGCACUUCACUCUGCGAUUCACACCAUUGCACAUCUAUUUAAUGUGGAGUACUGUGUGAAUGCCCGAGUCAACAAUUCUGACCCCUACUCAAUAGCACUGUCUGACAUUGGAGAUAAGCCUGGUGAAACUUACCUCAAUUUUGCUCGAGAGAGAAUCAAGAAUCCUGAAGGAGGACUGUAUGUGGCUGUGACGCGGUUGGCAGGCAUCACUGGAAUUGUCAUCACACUGUGCCUCAUAUUAAUUAUCACCUCUUCCACCAAAACCAUCCGGAGGUCUUACUUUGAAGUGUUUUGGUACACACACCAUCUUUUUGUGAUCUUCUUCAUUGGUCUCGCCAUCCAUGGAGCUGAGCGAAUUGUACGUGGGCAGACUCCAAAGAGUUUGCUGGAGCACAACAUAACAUUAUGUAGUAAAAACAUCUCAGCUUGGGGAAAAACAAAGGACUGCCCAGUCCCACAGUUCUAUGGCAACCCUCCUAUGACUUGGAAAUGGAUAGUGGGUCCCAUGUUCCUGUACCUCUGUGAGAGGCUUGUACGGUUUUGGCGAUCUCAACAGAAGGUGGUCAUCACCAAGGUGGUCACUCAUCCUUUCAAAACCAUCGAGCUACAGAUGAAGAAGAAGGGAUUCAAGAUGGAGGUGGGGCAAUACAUUUUUGUCAAAUGCCCCAAGGUGUCCAAGCUGGAGUGGCACCCUUUCACGCUGACCUCUGCCCCUGAGGAAGACUUUUUUAGCAUCCAUAUCCGCAUUGUUGGGGACUGGACGGAGGGACUGUUUAAUGCUUGUGGCUGUGAUAAGCAGGAGUUUCAAGAUGCCUGGAAACUACCUAAGAUAGCGGUUGACGGGCCCUUUGGCACAGCCAGCGAAGAUGUGUUCAGCUAUGAGGUGGUGAUGUUAGUGGGAGCAGGGAUUGGGGUCACACCCUUUGCAUCCAUUCUCAAGUCAGUCUGGUACAAAUAUUGCAAUAAUGCCACCAAUCUGAGGCUCAAAAAGAUCUACUUUUAUUGGCUGUGCCGGGACACACAUGCCUUUGAGUGGUUUGCAGACUUGCUACAGUUGCUGGAGACCCAGAUGCAAGAAAGGAAUAAUGCUGACUUCCUCAGCUAUAACAUCUACCUCACCGGCUGGGAUGAGUCACAGGCCGAUCACUUUGCUGUGCACCAUGAUGAAGAGAAAGAUGUCAUCACAGGCUUGAAACAAAAGACUUUGUAUGGACGGCCCAACUGGGAUAAUGAGUUCAAGACAAUUGCGAGUCAACACCCAAAUACCAGAAUAGGAGUUUUCCUCUGCGGACCUGAAGCCUUGGCUGAAACCCUCAGUAAACAAAGCAUCUCCAACUCUGAAUCUGGCCCUCGGGGAGUGCAUUUCAUUUUCAAUAAGGAAAACUUCUAAUUGGUCUACUUCAUGAAGAAAUAAAUGUGGGUUAUACUGCCAAAUGCCCAAAUAAUGCUAGUUGAUUAUGUAAAUUUCCCCCUUAAAAAUGGAGAAAAAGAAAUUCUAAUGUGAAGGUUUUCCCUGAAAGGAGCAUCAGAUUGUUUGAUAGUGGUAAUUUGCAUUUGAAUAGGGCUUGAUGGUUUUCAGAUCACUUUUACAAACAUUAUUUCAGUGUUGUUAUUUUUUCUAUCAGUUAUGCCAGAGGAAGGUAGGGCAAAGAUUCCUGGACUGUUUUUAGGAUAAAAAAAUGGAGACUCAAAAAAUGAAGUAACUUCCUGAAGGUUAUGAAGCUAAGAUGCAUCCAAGCCAUCUGACUCCAGGUUUGGUAGUCUUCCCACAAUACCAAGCUGCCUGGAAAUGGGUUUGUAUGCUCCUCAAAAGAAGAAGAAAACCAGAAUGUAGCUAUUCAUUUUCCAUUUUGUAUCAUCUUUUUUCUCAUUAUUGUCAUAUGGAAGGAAAUUUUCCAAAGAGUUAAGAGAUAAGAUAUGCUGAGAAUGAUUCAACACUUAAUAGUGACAGGAUUGACAUUUGUGCAUAUUCCAGUUUACCAAUAGAUCAUAUCAAUUGUGUCAAAGAUUUUUCUUACAAAAGAAUAUUAGAAUAACUGGAAUUGAUGUAUUACCCAACAUUUACAAUCAUGCUUGGCAGAGAGUAGAUACUCAAUGGAAAUUUGUUGAAUGAAUGAAUGAGUGAAAGGACAUUUAGAACCAUACAGUGUCAGGGUGGAAUUAAUUUAAAGCCUUAAAAAGAAUUAUCUAAGGAAAUAACUUCUGUUACUCUUAUAGGCCAAAGGAACCUUAUGCUCUUGAGGGUAGGAACAGGCUAAGGAUAGUAACCAAUAGGGUGUCCUGGAAUUUCCCUCAUAUUCUUAUUUGAAGCAUGGAGAGAAGGGAGAUGAAAGCAGAGAACUGACCUCCUGCAGUAAUUCUGACUGGCUCCUUUAGUCUUGCUCUCUAUGCUAUGAAAGAAAUGCAAACUGAUUUACUGCCUGAAAGGAUCUCCUCCAGCCAGCACUUGUGAAUUUGAAAUUAAGAAUGGUGACAAAUAUGUAUUGGAUAUGCCCAUCUGCUUUAAAUAGCAUCACCACUUGUUUUACUUAAGUGGAUCUCACUGUGUGACUAAUUGUUUAUUGUUUUAUCAUCAUAUCAUUAUCAUCACCAUGAAAUUUAUAUCCUAGAAACUAAAAUCCCCAGCUUACUGUGUAGGUACCAUAUUCACACUCAAUAGAAUGUUCUCGAAAUCUAUGUGUUCAAAAGAGACUCUAAAUCACUGUUAAUGCAGCCAGAAACCGUUUUCUUUUUCUUACAACUGCUCUUAUUUCUGGGAACUAAAAACAACUUCAUUGGACCAACCCUCUGGAGCCACAGAUAUUUAGAAUUAUUCAACUUCAGUAAUGAGGAAGCAAAAAAAGAAAGCAGGGG